AUGGCCACACCCAGUUUCGCUGAGUCCCUCGCCGCCCUCAUUAACCAAUUCGGUUUAAAUGGCAAUGAGACGGUCCUCGCCGCCAUCGCCACCAUCGCCGCCCAGGCUUCCCUCCCUGCCCCUCAGGCACACCAUCCGCCGCCGGUAAUCGCAUCUUACCUCGAAACGAGGAACUCUUUUGCCCCGCUCGAAUCUGCCCCCCUAGAAAUGGAGUACGCAUGCUCCGAGUCCUCGGCGCCGUCCUCCCGGAAGAGGCGCGCCACUACUACAGGCUCCGGUUCAUCGGAGUCCUCUGACUCCGACGGAACCGGGGAGUCCACAUUCACUGCCGUCAACUCCAAGCGCAACGGAAAGCGCGCCGCGAUAAAACGCACCCCGCCUAUCUCAGCGGCCCCUGCCGCUCCUCCAACUUCCGCAGCCCCCGCCGCUGCCGCCAUCCCGCUCAUGUCCCUUGACAUCCCAACUCCAUCUAAACCUUCCUCUCGAUGUGCUCCAGUCCUUGCUAAGAAGCAAGUCCCGCCCCCCUGUCUUCCUAAGAGACAAGGCCAAAUUUACCAAACUGUCGAAAACCUGCUACGACGCAGGAAUUAA